AGAAGAAGCAGAAGAAGAAGAAGAAGUCAGCAUCGCAGCAAAGCCGUUACUGAAGACUGAUUUCUGUUUUCACAGGAUGGAGAACAACAGGGAUGAAGACUCUUCUACAGUCAAUGUCAACAAUGCCAAACAUCCUCUUAAUACUGAAGAAGUGGAAUCAUCAGCACUCCGGCUCUCUUCUCUGUUGUUGCUGUGUUUGGGGUUGCUUUGUGUCAUACUGACUGCAAACAUCGUCUACAUGAGUUUCACGACGACCACUCAGCAGGAAAAUAUCACAAGCCUUGCAACAGAAAAACAGCAACUGAUUAAGGAACAAAAAAUUAUGGAGAAAAAGAUUGAGGAGGUGAUCCGAGACAGACACUUGAGCCAAGUAAGAGCGAGGCUUACCCGAGAGAGGCUUACUCAAGACAGAGAGAAGCUGAGCAAUAAGAUAGAGGAGCUUAACAAAGAGAGAGACGAGCUGAGCGAAGAGAAAGAGAAGGUGAACAAACAGAAAGAGGAGCUGAGCCGAGAAAGAAACAAGCUGAAGUAUAAGACAGAGAAGCUGAAAGAAGAGAGAGAGGAUGUGAGCAAAAAGAAAGAGGAACUGAGCAAAGCGAAAGAGGAGCUGAGCAAAAAGAAAGAAGAGCUGAGCAAAGAGAAAGAUAAGCUGAGCAAAGAUAGAAAGGAGUUGAGUAAAGAGAAAGAGGAGCUGAGAAAAAAUACAAACGAGCCAAGCAAAGGGAAUGAGGAUCUCAGAAAAGAGAAAGAGAAACUGAGCAAAGAGAAAAAGGAGCUGACAAAAGAGAAAAAUGAGCUGAAUAAAAACAAAGGUGAGCUGAGCAAAGAUGAAGAAAAACUAAGCAAAGACAAAAAAGAACUGAGCAAAGAGAAAGACAAACUAAACAAAGAAAAAGACGAUUUAAGCAAAGACAAAAAGAAGGUGAGCAAAGAUAAAAAGGAACUGAACAAAGAGGAGGGCGACCUGAAGAAUUUAACAAUAGAGCUGAGCAAAGAGGAAAAUGAGCUGAACAAAAAGACAAAGGAGUGGAACAAAGAGAAGGAUGAGCUGAACAAAAAGAAAGAACAGCUAAGUAAAAACACAAAGGAGCUGAACACAGAAAAAGAAAAGCUGAACAAAAGGAAAGAUGAGUUGACAAAAUUGAAAGCAGAACUGAGCCAAGAGAAAAAGGGGCUGACAAAGGAAAUGAACAAAGAGAAUGAGGAGCUGAACAAAAUCAAAGAUGAUCUAAGCAAAAAGAGAGCAGAGCUGAGCAAAACAACAGAUGAGCUGAGCAAGGAGAAAGCAGGGCUGAACAAAGAGAAAGACGAGUUGAGCAAACAGAAAAGGGAGCUGAGCAAAGAGAAAGACAAACUGGACAAAGAGAAAGAUGAACUGAACAAAUACAAAGACAAGCUGAGCAAAGAAAAAAAGGAGCUGAGCAAAAAAAAUGAUGAACUGAACAAAUACAAAGACAAGCUGAGCAAAGAAAAAAAGGAGCUGAGCAAAGAAAAUGAUGAACUGAGUAAUAAGAGAAAUGAUCUGAACAAAGAGAAAGAUGAACUGAACAAAAAGAAAGUCGACCAGAGCAAAACGAAAGCAGAGCUGAACAGGAAGACAGAGGAGUUGAACAAAGAGGAAAAUAAUUUGAAUAAAAAGAAAUUGGAGCUGAACAAAGAGAACGAAGAGCUGAAAAAAAAGAAAGUGGAUCUGAGCAAAGAGAAAACAAAGCUGGUCAAAGAGAAAGAAGAACUGAACAAAAAGAAAGUAGAUCUGAGCAAAGAGACAGCGGGACUGGACAAAGAAAAACAGGAGUUUAGUAAAAAGAAAGUGGAUCUGAACAAAGUGAAAACGGAUCUAAACAAAAAGAAAGAGGAGCUAAACAAAGAGACAGUGAAUCUGAGCAAAAAGACAGAGCAGCUGAGCAAAGAGACAAAGGAGCUGAACGAACAGAAAGCGGAUCUGAACACAAUGAAAACGGAUCUGAACAAAAUGAAACAGGAGCUGAACAAAGAGAAAGUGGAGCUGAAUGAAGAGAAAGGAAAUCUGAGCGUAUUGAGAAAGGAGUCAGAGAUUCGAUGCAAAGAGAGAGAGGCCCUGAAGACCUUCUACGACUAUGUCAUGAAGUUUAAAAAUUUUCCAGUUGAAGAAUUCUGCCCUCUAAAUAUGAGACCAAAGUGUGAGGAUUGCAGGGUAAAGGAGCCAUCAUACAAUGGACACUGCUACUGGAUUCAGGAUGACUUACUAAGUUCGAUGACCUGGGAUUUAGGUCGAAAGUGGUGCAAUUUAUAUGGUUCAGAUUUGGUUGUAAUUGAUGAUCUGGAGGAGCAGGAAUUUAUCACCCUUCAAAUAAAAUACCACGAAGCUGGGAAAGGAUUCUGGUUAGGGUUACAUCAUACGCCAGGCGGAUGGGUCUGGAUUGAUGGACGUAAGAACACCCUUGAGAUGGAGAACAACAGCGACGACAGUGACUCUGCUACAGUCAAUGUCAACAAUGCCAAACAUCCUCUUACAUCUGAAGAAGAAGAGGAGCCAUCAGCACUCCGACGCUCUUCUCUGUUGUUGCUGUGUUUGGGGUUGCUUUGUGUCAUACUGACUGCAAACAUCGUCUACAUGAGUAUGAUGACGGCCAAUCAGCUGGAAAAUAUCAAAACCCUUACAACAGACAAAAAGCGACUGAUUGAGGAACGAAAGAUGAUGGAAAACCAGAUCGAGGAGGUGAUCCGAGACAGACACCUGAGCGUAGUCAGAGCAGGACUUACCCGAGAGAGGCUUACUCAAGAGAGAGAGGAGCUGAACAAAGAGAGAGAAGAGCUGAGGAAAAAGAUUGACGACCUGAGCUUAGAGAAAGAAGAGCUGAGCAAAAAGAAUGACGAUCUGAACAAUGAGAAAGAUGAGCUGAACAAAGAGAAAGACGAGCUGAGCAAAAAAACAGCAGAGCUGAGCAGCAAGACAGAGGAGCUGAGCAAAGAGAAAGCAGAGCUGAGCAAAAACACAAAGGACCUGAACAAAGAGAAACUCGAGCUUAACAAAGAAAAAGACAAGCUGAGCGAAGACAAAAAGGAGCAGAGCCAAGAAAAAGACAAACUGAACAAAGAGAAAGACGAGCUGAGCAAAGACAAAAAGGAGCUGAGCCAGGAGAAAGAGAAACUGAACAAAGAGAGAGCAGAUCUGAGCAAAGAGAAAAAGUAUCUGAGCACAGAGAAAGAGGAGCUGAAGAAAGAUAAAGCAGAGCUGAACAAAGAGAGAGAGAAGCUGAGAGUAUUGACAGACGAGGCAGAGAACCGAUGCAAAAACAGAGAUGCUCUGAAAAAGUUCUUCAAUCACGUCAUGAGAUUUAGGACAUUUCCAGUUUCAGAGAUGUGCCCUCUAUAUAUGAGAACAAAAUGUCCGGCUUGCAGGGAAAAGGAGCCAUUAUACAAGGGACACUGCUACUGGAUUUAUCCAUAUGACAUUGGUUUGCUAACCUGGUACCAAGGUGACAUCUGGUGUUUUGAUGAUGGUGGAAGUUUGGUUGUAAUUGAUGAUCUGGAGGAGCAGGAGUUUAUCAACAAUCACACCACAAGAUACAAAGGUGACCAUGGAUACUGGAUAGGGUUACGUAAUGUUCGAAACAAAUGGUUGUGGGUUGAUGAACGUAGGAACACUCUUGAUUUCUGGAUAAAAGGGAUUCCCCAUACUUCAGGAGCAGCACUUCAUAUGUCAGAAAGAAAAGCCACAGAGAGCUGGAGAGCAGAAGACAUACAGAGAGAUAACAAAAUCAUCUGUGAGCGUCCGAUGAUUGUUUGGCCCUAUAACUAACACUGUUCUCUUCAAGUUUCAAUGAGGAACACUCAACUGUGUCAUCAAACUUGAAUCUCGUAAAUAAAAACAGACAAAAAUUUGGAAUACA